CAAAAAAUAUAUAAAUUAUAUUAAUUAAUAUAAAAUAAGCAUUGUUUUGAUAUGAUCUUUAGUAAAUUAGCUAAAAAUACAAUUAGAAGCCUUAAUAAUAAGUAGAAGGCAGGUAUAUUCUUCAAUAAAAAAGAUAUUUUUAUUGAUCCUGAAAGCAAGAAAAUUAGGAUUAGUGAAUUAUCUCCUUAUUUACUUGGUGGAUUAGUAGGAGUUAGCUGGAUAUUUAUACUUUACUUUUGGUAUACAUCUGAAGAUAGAAUGAGGAUUAGAGCACAAAAAUAUUUAGAUUAAAAUUCUGCAAUGUCACAAUUUAAAAGCGCAGACGCUGAAAAACCUGAAGAAUACAGAUAAGAAUAUAUUGAUAAAUAAAAGAGAAAAUACAAGUAGCUAGUAGAUUCUAGAAAAAAAGACGAAUUUUAAUAGAAAUAGCUUUAUGAAGAUUAUUAAAAAUUUGUUGCUAAUGAUCAGAAAGAAGAUGAUUGA